AUGAAACACCUCGCCCAUCUCUUGGCCUUUGCUGCGUUUCUGCAGGCAGGCAAUGGUGCAGUUAUCGACCGCCACUCUCGUCGGGAUACUGCACCAGGCUACCCCUACGAUCCGAAUACCUCAGCACACUGCACUUGGUGGUUUGACAUGGAUACGCCUACAACUUGUGACGAUCUGCUGAAGCAUAACUCGAUCACCAUUGAGCAGUUCCGGCGAUGGAAUCCUUCCAUCACGGCCAAAUGUGGUGGACUGACUUUGGCUAAGUCCUACUGUGUCGAAGCAUUGUUCGAAACAGUCCCUGAACCCCAGCCUGGAACUCCCACCAAGUCGAGCGCGACGAAGCCUACACAGAAUACAUCAGUCAAACCCUCCAAUGGCGUCCAGACUCCUCAGCCCCUGCAGCUUGAGAUAGUCGACAACUGCAAAAAAUUCCACCUUGUUGCGAAAGGCGAGACUUGCGCUGCAAUUGCUGCGAAGUAUAAGAUUCCUAUUGCCAAGAUCGUGGAAUGGAAUCCCAGUGUUCAAGACGGCUGCUCGUUUCUUUGGGCUGACGCAUGGGCAUGUAUCAUGGCACUUGACUAUGUCCCAGGUGGCGACUCACCAGCACCUUCACCCACCAAACCUUCCAACAGCAUAACUACACCCGAGCCCACACAGCUUAUCAUCGUCAAUAACUGCAACAAAUUUCACUUUAUCAAGUCUGGCGAAGGCUGUGCCUACAUCACAUCCAAAUAUUCCAUUACGGGCGCUGAGUUCCUGAAAUGGAAUCCCUCGAUCGAAACCGGUUGUACUGGACUAUGGGCCAAUGCGUGGGCCUGUGUCUCGACUAUAGACCAUAAACCAAGCACACCUACCAAGCCUACAACCACCGCGAAGCCUUCAGCAACAGGCAAUGUACCUUCACCGGUCCAGGGUGGCAUUGCUAAAAAUUGCAACAAGUACCAUCUUGUCUCGAAAACAACAACCUGUAGCUCAAUAGAGAAGUACUACAGCCUUCCCUUUACCACUUUCUACAAGUGGAAUCCAUCCGUUGGAGACAAGUGCCAAUACCUGAUGGCUGGAUAUCACGUUUGCGUAAGCGUUCCAGGCUGGACACCCACCCCUACGACUGGAAACAAUGGUAUCGAAACACCUUUGCCUAUCCAGAGUGGCAUGACCAGCUCAUGCAAUAAAUUCCACCUUGUUUCCAAGACCACAACCUGUUCCUCAAUUGAGUCUUACUAUAAGCUUGAUAUGUCAGACUUUCUGAAAUGGAACACUGCUAUCGAUAAGUCUUGCAAUGGGCUCUGGGCUGGCUACAAUGUGUGCAUUGGGGUUAUAGGCCAGAAGCCUAAACCAAGCCCAACCACGCCUGGUGUUGUACAGACACCUUCGCCUAUCCAGAAAAAUAUGGUCAAGGGCUGCAAGAAGUUUCACCUUGUCCAGUCAACUACUACAUGUGCCUCUAUUCAGAAUUACUACAAGAUCUCGUGGGCUAACCUUUAUAAAUGGAAUCCAUCCAUUGGAUCAGGUUGUGCUGCAUUGUGGGCGAAGUACUGGGUCUGUGUAGCUGCUUGA